AGAAAAAAGCCAACUUGGCAACCGGCGCCGCGCAGAACGUCGACGCCAAGACCUCAUUUCUCUCCCUCCAAUUAUGGCAUAAUAUUUCCACAUUCGAAGUCUUUCCCAAACAUAACAUCCCACGUUAAAGACACCAUCAUCCUAUAUCCCUCGUAAAGACACCUAAGCCCGCGAGAACCUCGGAAAAAAGGCCGAAAUAGACCUCUGAGUGUCCCUCUGAGCCAGGCAACCCCAGGAGGCGAGAGGAUCGACGUCGAGGAGCGAGUCGACAGUGUGCAAGUGUGACCAAGGGUGAGGGAUGUGAACCAUCAUGAUUUUCCACAUACUGGUUGUGGUUGGGACGCUCCUGGCCACAGGGAACACCCUCAACACAGUGCUCAAUGUGGAAGAAAUUACGUCCAUCCAUUACGCUGUGGAUAUCAUUGAACAGCCGGUGUCCAGAGAACAGCACCUGGAAGGCGAAGUGAUAAGUGUUGUAAAUAAACAUGGGCAAGAAUUUGUUUGCUCUUUACCCAGCGUCACACCCACAGAUGCAGACAGCAAGAGCGAUGAGAAUAUACUUGAUCAGCUGGUAGAUAUUUCUGGUCUCUUGAAGCCUAUGGAGACAGCACCAUGCUUGAUCAAGACAGUAGAUUGGUGGACUUAUGAAUUCUGUUAUGGUUCUGUGAUCAAGCAGUACCACCUUGAAGAUAACAAGGCUUCAGGACCAAUUCUAAUACUUGGAAAAUAUGAGUCUGAAUACAACUGGAAAAAUAGCUCAGAGACAAAGAAUCGACUGCAGAGAUUCCAUAGUCAGUUUUAUGUAAAUGGCACCAAGUGCGACCUCACUGGAGAACCUCGAAGAACAGAAGUUAGAUUUCACUGUGAAGAUGGUGUUGGUGACUACAUACAAAGAGUAGAUGAACCAGAGUCCUGUCGUUAUGUAGUCACAGUUGCAACUACAAGGGUCUGCCAUCACCCAUACCUGAGACUACAAGCUGUGCGGACUCCCCACGCAAUAACUUGCGCCCCCGUCAUUUCAGAGGAGCAGUACCUUAGAUAUGUAGAUUAUCAAGAAAGAAAAACAAAGGAAGAGGAGAGCUUGAAAGAGAAAUGGUUGAAGCAAAAUGAAGAGCUAACCCAUGAAUCCGAAAUGGGAGAGAGCCAGUCCAUGCUUGAGCCUGUGUCAUCAGACUCCGCAGAUGAUGAUGAGUUGAAGAUGAGUAUUAAGAUUUUCCGCCUGUAUCCUGUCAAGAAACAGAAGAAUGCACAGGCUGCUGAAGCCAAGGAAGAUGUUAUGGGGGUAGAGACACAGAUUACACUUGAGGAAAAUGACUUAGAAAUGAAGGUGGAAGACAUCAACCUGUCAACAGAAACAGAGGCUUCAGGCAAAGGACCAAUAAGCAGCGAAUAUGGGACAGACAUUGACAAAAAUACAGACAUCCCCGAAAGCACAGGCGAAGCAGAGACUAAGGAUUUUUUUUCUGGAGAAGACAAGCUACACAUUAUACAGUAUUCAGAUUCAGAUGUUGAAAAUCCGACUGAGCGUGUAGAUGAGGAUGAGGAUGAUGUUGAUGAUGAGGAUGACAUUGAUGAUGAUAUCGACAGGAAGGAAAAGGUCCUGACACAGGCAUCCAAGUCCACCAAUCGCGAUCAUUUCUCAAAGCUUUUGCGCAGGUUGAAGCAACUAGGAAAUAUGUUCAUGAAUCAGGAGGGUGAGGAAAAUGCAAAACCAGGUAACCAAGACCGAAUAUCGGAGCUGCAGCAUGUAGUUGACAGCAUAAAAGAUGGUCAUAUUAAGCAGUUUGAGCAAGAAGUUAAAGAAUGGACUAAGAAUCUAUUGAAUAAGGACACACUUCCUGAUAUGGAUGAAGAUGACCUUGAGGAAGAGGAGCAGCGUCUGGGAACCUCUUUGUCCUCACUGAUGGAUGCUUUGGACAAGGCAGAGAACAAGUUGUCAAUUGCAAAGAAGGAAAUGGAGACCUUGGAGGAAUUCUUGGACAGUCAACUGAAGGAGAUGGAACACACAGCUACUCAUAACAAGGAAUCAGAGGAGGCAGGCACACAGGACAAGCUUGAAUGGGAAUACCAGGACCCCACAGAAGGGAUGUCCCAGACCCCAGAGAACUUGCAGUCUGAUGUAGAAGAUCCAACUAAGAGUAAAAGUAUAAUGAAGAAUGCUGAUAAAAAGUUGGGAGGCACUCGACAGUUAAAUAUUUUGAAAAACAAGGUUGAUGAUGAAUCCCAAAAGUCCAAAUUAGAACAGACAAUUAAGGAUCGACUACAGAAAUUAGGCCUGGAGAGACUAGGUAGAAAGGUUGAGGUCAAGAUUUUAACACCAAAUUCUUUGGAAGAGGAAGACUCAAAUAACCUCCUCCUGUCACAAGAAGAGACAGAGGCAUUUCAAAAUAUGAUUGUUAAUCUAUUGAGUGCAAAUGCAGAAGAGCUAGAAGAGAGAGAACACCACAGAAAAUUAGAGAAGAACUACGGAUUCAAAUUCAAUGACAAUAAGGAAGCUGAGGAAGAUGAGUGAAUGUGAAUCUCUUGGGAAAUUGUACUUGUAUGAUCUUAUUUAUUUUAAUCUUCUUUUGGGAUCUCUUCAGCUUCUUGAUGUCAUGAUCAUGUAAAUCUUUUCACCUUUUUUAUCAUUGUACAAGGCAUCCAUAUUAGCAUUUAGAUUGUUUUGAUUUUCUUUUUGUACAACUGUAUUUUGUUGAAUUUUCAUGUUAAUCAGAUUAAAAGUCAGUAUUCACAAAAAUGAGAAAGGAAAUUUUUUGAAUGAAUGCAGCAGAAAGAAAUAUGUAUGAAUAAUUUAGGAAACUAUACCAUCUUGCUAUAUAUUGCUUUAUAUUAUUUAGGAAUUUUGUGUUCGUGAAAAUGCAUCUUCAUUAAGCAAAGUCUCUGAAGUAUUUAUUAAGGAUAUUUUUUAUUUUCCAGCCUUAUAUGAAACUUAUAGAUAGCUCAAUAUAUAUUUAUAUGUAGAUGUUUAAACACAUACAGACACAAACAGUCACACACAUACAGAUAUAAAGAUUGAACAUAUGAGCAAUUACAAGCAGACAAAAGAUACACACACACACACCACACAAAGUUUUGUCGUUGCAUUUUGAUGUUUCCCAUUGCAAAUUACUGCACCACUUUACAGAUUAUAUAGAUAUGGAAAAGCAUGUUACCUCAGUCAGAUCAUUCUAAAGUAUAACAUUUUAUACCAGAUCUAUUACAAAUACUAAAAGGAUGAUUUACAGUCCAUUGUGUAAGUUCUAAUUUUUAUUCUAAUAUUAAAUACAGGUAUUAUCACUUGGAUUGUUAAUCCAGAGAUAUCCAUAUGUAUCAUUGCCUUUCCUAUUGUUUUCUGGAAUGAUUUUUCUAGUCAGUGUCUAUCCAAGUAUUAGUUCAUUAAAAGGAGUAUAUGUAUACCUGCAUUAUCAAGGAAUUAAAAGAAAUCAUUAAGUACUUCUAAGAGAUGUUGAUGUGUACAUUGAAGCUCAAUUUGCGAUCACCCAUUCCUUGGUUUGGAUAAUAGCCAAGUGCAUAAGAGCAAUCUGUUUUUAUAUUGGUUGUGUACAGUUAGGUAAUAAUAAUAUCUGUAGUGGAAGUUAUGUAUAUGUAUAUACAGUAUAUAUAUGUAUAUGUUUGUGACUUAGAUGUUGAGAAAGCAAGAAAAGAAUGAAAGUUGUGUAUGCAAGAAAAAUUAAUAAAGCAGAGUAAACAAAAUAGGUGAUAGAGGGUGUUUGUGAUGUAUGUAAAUAAGCAUACAUGUACAUGUGUAAUUGUGUAUAUACAUAUUAUCAUACAGCUCAGAUUUAUGGCCAUAUAAAACAAGCAAUCAUGUUUCCUGCAUAUUAGCAGUCUAAAUGAUCUUACAAACUUUGCUAAAAAAAAACAUUUAUCCAACCUUUUAACACUCAUAAACUAAGGUAAAGAUCACUUUUAUUUGAUGUGUGAAUAUUAAGUGCAAUCUUGUGCAAUAUUCAGAAAAUAAAAUGUGGGUGUUGUA